UUUCACCGAUAUCUGUUGUUAUGUCGUGAUGCUGGUUAAAUAUAAUCUGUUAGAAAUAUUUCUGAAAAUAGAAAAUACCGUUUUUGAAUCAGGUCAGUAAAUAUCUGUAAUAUUUUCGUCCUCACAGUCAUGUCUGAGUUUUGAAGCGAGCAGGAAUAUCUGGAGGAGUUUAUCAUCUGAACUGAGAUCUGCUGUGAAAAUGAUGUUUGUUAAAGAAGAGAGAGAAGAGAACACGAGUGAAUCAGAAAUCGGCUCAAUAAAACUCGAGGAACCAGAAACUUUGAGAAUAAAAAACGAGAACCCAGAAACCUGGAAAAUAAAAUAUGAGGAACCAGAAACCUGGAGAAUAAAACAGGAGGAGCAAGGAGAGUUUAUUGAAGAAACUGAGGAGAACGAAGUGUUGAAUGAAAAUGAAGAGAAAAAUCAUGUCAAAACUGGAGAAAAAACUAUGACCUGCUCUCCAACCAAAAUGAAAGAUUUACAGAAAAGAGGAGCCAAGAAAUCUUUCACCUGCACUCAGUGUGGAAGGAGCUUGACAAGCAAAUAUAGUCUUGAGCGUCAUAUGAGAAUUCAUACUGGAGAGAAACCUUUCACUUGUGAUCAGUGUGAAAAGAGUUUCACACAAUCAGCACACCUUAAGAAGCACAUGAACAUCCACACUGGAGAGAAACAAUACCCAUGUGAUCAAUGUGAUAAAACAUUUUUGAGCACUUCCAUCCUCAAGGAUCACAUGAAAGGUCAUACAAAGGAGAAGCCUUAUUCAUGUUAUUUGUGUGGAAAAAGUUUUUUACGUUUUUCAGUUUUGAAAGAACAUCAGAAAAUACAUACUAGUGUGAGAGAGUACAUGUGCUUUCAGUGUGAAAAGACUUUUACUUCAGCAAAGUGUUUAAAACUGCAUGAGAGGAUCCACUCUGGAGAUAAACCUAAUAAGUGUUCACACUGUGACGAGAGAUUCAGUGAUUCAGCAAAUCUGAAAAAACACGAGGGGAUCCACACUGGAGAGAAACCGUAUCACUGCACUUCAUGUGGGAAGCGUUUCAAUAAUUCAUCUGCUCUUCACAGUCAUACAAAAAGAAAUCACAAUUUGAUUGAAGAAAUUGAGGAGAACGAAGAAUCGGGUGAAGUUGAGGAAAAAAAUCAUGUAAAAACUGGAGAAAAACCUUUGAGUUGCUCACAAACCUGCUCACAAACCAAACUGAAAGAUUUAAAGAAAAGAAUAGCUAAGAAAUCUUUCACCUGCACUCAGUGUGGAAAGAGUUUCACACGUAAAUCAAAUCUUAAUCGUCACAUGAGAGUUCAUACUGGAGAGAAACCAUUCACUUGUGACAAAUCUGCACACCUUUAUGAACACAUGGACAUGCACACUGCAGAGAACCAGCACGCAUGCGAUCAGUGCGGUAAAAUGUUUUUAUGUGCUUCAGAUCUUCAGAAACAUUUGAAAGUUCAUUCAAAGGAGAAGGCAUAUUCAUGUAAUUUGUGUGGUAAGAGUUUUUUGAGUCUACAACAUUUGAAAGAGCAUCAGAAAAUACAUACUGCUGUGGGAGAGUACAUGUGCUUUGAGUGUGAAAAGACUUUUACUUCCGCAAAUUCUUUAAAACUGCAUGAGAGGAUUCACACAGGAGAAAAACCUUAUAAGUGUCCAUACUGUAACAAGCGAUUCAGUGAUUCAAGAGACCUAAAAAAACAUGAGAGGAUCCACACUGGAGUGAAACCUUACAAGUGUUCACAUUGUGGCAAGAGAUUCCGUGUGUCAUCAAGUCUGAAAACCCAUGAGAGGAUCCACAGUGGUGAGAAACCUUAUAAGUGUCUACACUGCAAAAAGCGAUUCAGUGAUUCAAGAGACCUAAAAAGACAUGAGAGGAUCCACACUGGAGUGAAACCUUACAAGUGUUCACAUUGUGGCAAGAGAUUCAGUCAGUCAGCAGCUCUGAAAAGCCAUGAGAGAAUCCACACUGGAGAGAAACCUUAUAAGUGUCCACACUGCAGCAAGAGAUUCAUUGAUAUGGGAGACCUAAAAAGACAUGAGAGGAUCCACACUGGGGUGAAACCUUAUAAGUGUUUAAAAUGUGACAAGAGAUUCAGUCAGUCAGAACAUCUGAAAAGACACAAUAGGACCCAUACUGGAGUAAAACCUUAUGAGUGUUCACAAUGUGACUAGAUUCAGUCAAUCUGUGCAUCUGAAAAGACAGAGUAGUAUCCACACUAGAGAAAAACCUUAUAAGUGUUCACACUGUGACGAGAGAUUCAGUCAGUCUCCAUCUUUUAAAACACACGAGAGGAUUCACACUGAAGAGAAACCAUAUCACUGCACUGCAUGCGGGAAAUGUGUCAUUCAGUCAUCCUCUCUACACAGUCAUAUGAAAAACAAUCACAGCAUGGCUCCGUACACACAGAGACAUGUUUAGCUAUAUGCGUAAAAUUUUUUGAAACAGCUAUAUUUUUUAUUACACUGGUCCCCAGAGUGGAUACAUCUGAAAAUGACACAUCCAUAUAUUUUGUGAAAUAAUACGGUCAUCAACCCACACAGAUAUUUCUUGAGACGAUGCUGUUUUUAUGGAAGAACGAGAAAAAAAAAGAUUGGAUAUGGAAAGAUCUGUCUUCGUGUGGAUGAGCCUUAAGUAGAUCAUCUUCAGAUGCAGCACUUUUAGAUUAUAUGCUGUGUCCUCAACAAAUACGGCAGAAUUAAAAUAUAUUAAAUAAAAUAUACAGUAAAAUAUAUUCUGUAUAAAUCUGUCCUAACCAGUCAUAACAAGCAACAUGACAAAGAAACAUUAUAUAAAGUUUUCAUAGUGAAUAAAGUUCAUCAUCUUCAAAACCAGCAGAUUCAACUGAGGGAUUCAGAUCAAUUUAAAGUCCCUCCCCCAAGAACAAUGUCAAAAUGUUUUAUUCUUGUAUUAAAUCUUGCUUCAUGAUAUAA